GUGUCCACUUCAGUCUUUGACAACAUCAGCUGCAGACACGUACAGCAUCAUGGACCUGGAUUCUGAGGUUAACGGAGGCGUAUUGAUUCUGCACCAGAUCCACGAGGGAAAGCAUCAGUAUGAAGUGGAAAAGGUGGUGAAGUCCAGAAAAGACAACAGCAAGAAGAUGUUUGUCAGUCUGCAGCCUCCUUCACCUCCUCAGACGGUGCACAAGGCGGGCCAUAAAAAGGAGCAAACUGAGCAGCCGCCCCCAAGUGAGGACACUUUGCAUCCAGUGUCCAAAGAGUCCAUGAUGAUGAACUUUCACUGGGACAUGAAACGGGAGGAGGACUUGAAUGAGUGUGAAGAGAAGAAGGAGGGAGAAGAGAAAGAGACAGGAGGUCAGGAGGACGUCAGCCAAGCUCAGAAUGAUGAUGAUGAGGAGGAGGAGGAGGAGGAGGAGGAGAGAGAUCUGCUCAUCGUCACGAUGACCAAAACCAGCAUCUCUGUGGUGAGAGGACGAGGCUGCGACGGCGACAGUCCUUGUCAGGGCUGUCACGGGACAGGAUGCAUCCUCAGUGAUGUCGUCAUGGUGUCAGAAUCCAGCACAGUGACCCUCGUUCCAAGAGGAAGUGGCAGUUUCAAACAGGAAAAGCUGUCAAAUGUUACAGUCGAACAUGUCGACACUCACCGAUACCUCAGAGGUCACUGUUCGCAGAGGAGCCUCUACGUGUCACCAAAUCCAGAAAAGAUUACCAUCUACUACUACAAGUCAAGCUUUAUGGACAGGAAUUUCAGAGGCGUGCCAGUGGUCCUGAACCUCACCCAGUCCAACUGCUAUCUCAGGUGCUGCAAGGAAGGGGCCAGAGUGUUCCUACAAGUGGAGACAUGCGAAUCGCAGAGGCUGAAGCAGAUCUCCAAGAGCGAUGAGAGCACCAUGUCUUUUGUCUUCUACAUGAAGUCUGACAAGUCCAGACAGCGGAAGUUUGAGUCUGUGCUGCACCACGGCUGGUUCAUCCACAUAGUCACCGAGUCGGACAGCGUGGAAAUGGCAACUCUGGACGGACACGUGGCGGCUCAUUCGUUCCUCUUCGUUAUUCAGAAGUGAUGGAGAGUGUUUUUUGUUUAUUUGUUUUCAGACAUAUUCCCAGUUCUCAGGCAAGUUAGUUAGCAUUAAAAAUUAUUCUGUGAAUCUUAUUUGUGAUUUCAAUUUUAUAUAACAAAAAAAUAAAUAAAUAAAAGCAUGAGAGGAGCUCUUUUGUUUGAGUCAUCUGGUCCAGUGAGAGAAAACCAGUGUGUGAAAUUCUGCUAUUGCAGAAGUGCGUAAAUAUGUAUCAUACAACUAUGUAUUCAAUUCUGUUGUUUAAAGAGGUGUUUAAAUAUUGUUGUUGUUUUUGUUUUGUUUUACAAGCAAUACUGUAUGAUAUGAUAAUUUGAAAUAAAAGGAGAUGUAAUCUUCAUCAAAAAAGAUACAUACAAAGAGUAGUAUGGAAACCAAAGUAAUGUAACAAUACAUUCACUUAUAUAACACUUUUUUAAUGUACAUAAAUAUGAGACAUUGUGAGAUAAAUUAAAUAAAUAGUCCUAAGAGUCCAAUGCACACAAGAAAGUGUACACAUGUCCACUGUAUACAGUUGAUAUGUGGAGACAGCCAGACUCACUGGAAGUUAGACUUCAAGCCUCAGAUCAAAUUGAAUGUUAACACAUAAAGAUGUACUAUGCUUAUAUUUGCAUACUGUGAGCUUAAAAUGCCUGUUUUUUUACACAUGUAUAUUUUAUCUGAGCAAUAAAAUCACCAGCUUUGGUCAACAGUG